GCACGCCCAACCUUGAUCAGCAAGUCAUGUAAACAUGAACACCUAGGUAAUAUUACGUAGUCAACACUGGACUGCACACGAGUCAGUAUCAGUCUGCGCCGUUCACCUCACCUCGUUCACCACGUAUCACCAUGAUGCGGGGCCACAUGGUCUUCCCAGAGUCGAGGUGAAGGUGGCUUCCGUGCGUAGAUCGAACUAGUCUUGCAGCACAGUCUUCCCACGUCUCUUUUACUCGUAUCCUUUGACCAAUCCUCGACUACCCGCCAUCCGCAAAGACGAAAUCAGCAAUGUCCGACGUCGAGCCCAAGACUACAGGCCAAGGCGCCUCAGCUUGGACAGACACCGAGCGAAUGGCGUACCUCAUCGUCAUUGCCGAGCACGCUCUCGAGGCUCCUAUCGAGUCCAAGGUCUCGCAAGCCCCUGUUCCGGGCGGUCGCACGGUCAACGCGUGCCGCAAGAUCGUCAAGAAGCUUAAGGAGAAGCUCAAGGACGAUAUCGACAACAUCAAGGCCGGUCUACCUGUCACUGCGCCGCCAGCUGAGGGUGAGGCAGCAGCCAAGAGCACACCACGCAAAAGAAAGGCGGAGCUGGGAGGAGAUGGAGAUGCGUCGCCGAAGAAGAAGGCCACUCCGCGGAAGAAGAAGAGCGAGGCUACUGUCAAGGACGAAGACGAUGAUGGCGGGGUUGAAGCAGAAGGCUAGUAGGUUCGGCAUCAAUUGUCGAUGGUGACGUGAAGCAGCGUCUGGCUGUCUCUUCAGUGGUGGAGCGUGCAACCAUGGUCUUGCGGAUCAGACAGAGUUGCGCAUGUGCUCCUUGUCUCUCUCAAUCACGUGCUCCAGUCUUUUAUCGUUGGCAGCUCAUUAUGGACACCUCGAAAUGGACACGAUCUCUAAGCAAGCAUGAUCAUCCUUGUGACGCAUAGUGUGAUGCCCGAUGCGACUGGACCACGUCAUGUGUAUCAAUUGGAGCAGCCGCAAGUCUAGAUUGUGAUAUCCAAUCAAGUAGCGGACGAGUUUGGGACUGCAAAAUCAGGAUCAUUCGUAAGGGCAGUUGCGAUCACAAUAAUUAGCAUUGGGGUGGAUCCACG